UUUUCCCCUUGAACAUUCUUAACACAAUUGUUUCAUAACCCAUCUUCGAUCUUGUCGAUACUAUCUUAGCUUGCAAUUGAUUGAUCGCAGUAGUUUCUGUAAUACGCCUUGCAGUUUCGAAAGGAGCAUGAGUAGCUCAACCUUCAGUGCCCUGCAUGAAAAAUUGGGAAGCAAUGUUGGAUUGAUUCUUGAUGAUCCGAGCAGUAGUCUUGGUAUAAGCAAAAGAAAAUGGCAUUCUGCUUUCAUUACCAUCUACUGCUCUAGAGCCUUCCUCUCCUCACAACCUUCUACUCUUCCCAAACAUACCAACUCCACAUUCAUAUCUCGCACACUGUCUUACUCCAUUGUUAGGGUCGAGCCAGUCACCGUCCAAAUCAUUAAUGGAUUUAAAGCAGACCAACAAAGCCUCACUGAGCUUGUGAAGGAGAAAAAUCUCAACGAGCUUUUGAAGCUUGGAGGGGUGGCAGAAGUGGCAUUAGCUCUCAAAACUGAUGCAGAACAUGGAAUUAAUGGUGAUGAUGCCGAAGACAUUGCGCGCAGACACGAAGCAUUUGGUUCCAACACAUACAAGAAACCACCAACGCAAGGAUUUCUCCAUUUUGUGUGGGAAGCCUUCAAAGACCUCACAAUUCUCAUUCUUUUAGGCUGUGCUGCGCUCUCUCUUGGUUUCGGUAUCAAAGAGCAUGGAUUAAAAGAAGGUUGGAUUGAUGGUGGAAGCAUAUGUCUUGCGGUCAUUCUGGUCAUUUCUGUUUCAGCCAUUAGCAACUACAGACAAAGCAGACAGUUCGACAAAUUGUCGAAAGUCAGUAACAAUCUCCAAAUUGAAGCCGUGAGAAAUGGAAGGCGCCAACUGAUUUCAAUAUUCGAAAUUGUGGUUGGCGAUGCCAUCUGCUUGAACAUUGGAGAUCAGGUUCCAGCUGAUGGAUUGCUGCUAGAUGGCCAUUCUUUAUCAGUAGAUGAAUCAAGCAUGACAGGGGAGAGCGACCAUGUUGAGAUUAGUGUGGCUGUCAAUCCUUUCUUGUUCUCUGGGACUAAAAUCGCCGAUGGUUAUGGUCGGAUGCUAGUCACAUCAGUAGGCAUGAACACAAAUUGGGGUGCAAUGAUGAGCCAAAUCAGCCAAGACACGAGUGAAAAAACACCUCUGCAAGCACGUCUAGACAAGCUAACUUCAUCAAUAGGUAAAGUUGGUUUGGCGGUUGCUUUCUUUGUUCUUGUAGUCAUGUUGGUCCGAUACUUCACAGGGAAUACCGAGGAUGAGAAUGGAAACAAAGAGUACAAUGGCAGCAAGACAAAAUCUGAUGACAUAAUAAACGCUGUCAUUGGAAUUGUAGCAGCUGCCGUUACAAUUGUUGUGGUGGCAAUUCCUGAAGGUCUACCCUUAGCUGUGACUCUCACUCUUGCUUAUUCCAUGAAGAGAAUGAUGGUCGAUAAUGCAAUGGUGCGGAAACUCUCUGCUUGUGAGACCAUGGGAUCUGCAACAACAAUUUGUACUGACAAAACAGGUACUCUGACCAUGAACCAGAUGAAGGUAACCAAGUUUUGGUUGGGGAAAGAAUCUGUGGAAGAAGAAGCUUAUUCAACUAUUUCUCCUUAUGUUCUCAACUUGAUCCAAGAAGGGGUUGCUCUCAAUACAACUGGUAGUGUGUACAGGCCUAGCUUGGAUUCUGAAAUUGAAAUCUCAGGCAGUCCAACUGAAAAGGCUAUUCUUUCAUGGGCGGUACAUGGGUCGAAGAUGGAUAUGGAGAUAGUGGUGAAGAGUUGUGGCAUUCUCCACGUUGAAGCCUUUAAUUCGAAGAAGAAACAAAGUGGAGUUCUCGUCAAGAGAAAGGCAGAUGACUCAAUCCAUGUACACUGGAAAGGAGCAGCAGAGAUGAUACUAGCAAUGUGCACAAGUUACUACAAUGCCUCUGGACUUGUUAAGGAUAUGGAUGAGGAUGAAAAAAGGAAGUUUGAGCAUAUUAUUCAGGGUAUGGCAGCUAGCAGCCUCAGAUGCAUAGCGUUUGCACAUAAACAAGUUCCAACAGAAGAGCAACUAAAUGCAGACCAGAAAUUUGUGCUAAAGGAAGAUGGAUUGACUCUAUUGGGACUUGUGGGUCUCAAGGAUCCAUGCCGUCCAGGUGUGAAGAAAGCAGUUGAAGAAUGUCAAAAUGCAGGGGUUAAUGUCAAAAUGAUUACCGGCGACAAUGUUUUCACCGCAAAAGCGAUAGCCACUGAAUGUGGGAUACUCAGGCCUGGUCAGGACAUGUUCGGAGCAGUGAUUGAAGGUGUAGAAUUCCGCAACUACACGCCAGAAGAGAGACUGGAGAAAGUUGACAAAAUUUGUGUGAUGGCAAGGUCUUCCCCUUUUGAUAAGCUUCUAAUGGUGCAAUGCUUGAAACAGAAAGGUCACGUUGUUGCAGUAACCGGAGAUGGCACCAAUGAUGCACCGGCAUUGAAAGAAGCUGAUAUAGGACUUUCUAUGGGGAUUCAAGGAACAGAAGUUGCUAAAGAGAGCUCGGAUAUUGUGAUCAUGGAUGAUAACUUUGCUUCAGUUGCUACAGUUUUGAUGUGGGGGAGAUGUGUGUACAAUAAUAUCCAGAAGUUCAUUCAAUUCCAGCUCACCGUCAAUGUUGCAGCUCUUGUGAUCAACUUUGUCGCAGCAGUUUCAGCAGGUCAAGUCCCACUAACAGCAGUUCAGUUAUUGUGGGUAAACUUGAUCAUGGACACACUUGGAGCUCUUGCUCUUGCCACAGAAAAACCCACAAAAGAACUAAUGGAGAAGCCACCAGUGGGACGGACAGCGCCUCUCAUCACAAACAUCAUGUGGAGGAACCUCUUGCCUCAAGCACUAUACCAGAUAACUGUCCUCUUGAUCUUACAAUUCAGGGGAAAAGCAAUCUUCGGUGUCAGUGAUAAGGUAAAGGACACAUUGAUCUUCAAUACUUUUGUUCUUUGCCAGAUCUUCAAUGAGUUUAAUGCGAGGAAGCUGGAGAAGAAAAAUGUCUUCAAGGGAAUACACACAAACAAGUUGUUUAUGGGAAUCAUUGCGGUGACAAUUGUUCUUCAGGUUUUGAUGGUAGAGGUUCUGAAAAAAUUUGCAGAUACAGAGAGGUUGAAUUGGGGACAAUGGGGUUUAUGUUUUGGGAUUGCAGUCAUCUCUUGGCCAAUUGGUUGGCUUGUCAAGUGUAUGCCGGUUCCAGCGAAACCCAUAUUCAGCUAUCUGAAGAAGAAAAACAAGCAUUCCGUUUGAUAUAAACUACCUGGAUAACUAUCAUGAAGUUUAAAUGGCUUUGCAUAGCCCUGAAGAGAUGAUAUUGUUUUCAUUCUUUUAUUAGAUAAUUACUAAUUAAUUUUUAUUAUAAAUA